AUGCGUACCAAAAAACCACUUUUCAAUCACAUCAACGAACGGGUGUUCACCCGUUUGAUGAUCUAUUUAAUUUUAAUAAUUUAUUCGUCAUCGUCGAGCACAAUAAUAUCGUCUUUUGGUGUCAGAGCAGCAGGAGAAGUGGAAGUUGCCUAUCAAGUCUCCAAUGUAAUGACCAACUUGGAGAACACUCUCUAUGGUGCAGUGGUACAUCCGGAUGGCGAUUAUUUGAUAAGCGUUCUUGGAUAUGUCUACAAAAUUAAUCAAAUCACACUCGUCCGUACAGUUUUCACUGGUACUGGAGUACAAGGAGCUGCUGUCAAUAACGUGGCAGCAUCAUUGGCUCAAUAUAACAAUCCCACCCAACUAUCCAUGGGUACUAACUAUGUUUAUAUUGCAGAUUCAUAUAACUAUGUCGUACGGCAGUAUGAUUUAGGAACAAAUAUGGUGUCCUUCGUUUAUCAAGAUUCACCAAUUGCUGAUAGAGGAUUGCAUGGUGUUGCGGCUGCCAAAGAUGACUCCGUCGUCUAUAUUUGUGAUGAAGGAAGAGGUCAGGUCAUUAAAUGGACCAGACAGACGAGUACUAGUGUUGUGGUGGCAAAUGGAUUGUUUAGGCCAUUGGGACUGACACUCACACCUGAAGGAGAUUUGUUCAUUGCUGAUGUCUAUAAUCAUGUCAUUCAAAAGUUAUUUUCAAAUGGCACCAUGAUCGUUUUUGCAGGCACAGUUGGACAAUCAGGAUAUAGUGGUGAUAAAGGUCCAGCCACUUCAGCUCGUUUAACUUAUCCACAAGGUGUUACUUAUAAUUCUGCUUCAAAAGAAGUUUAUAUUGUAGAUAGACACAACCAUGCAAUUAGAAAAGUAGAUGUUCACGGUAUAAUCACUACCAUUGCAGGAAAUGGAACGGCAGGUGCACCUGGUUAUCUCGAUGUCACACAAGCAUUGUUUAAUUAUCCUGUGGACAUGUCAUUCCAUGGCUCAAAGCCAGAAUUUCUAAUUACUGAUACGUUGAACAAAGUGCUACGAAGACUUAUCAUUACUUGUGUGGAUAGUACAUCCUACGUAUUGUCUUCUGACUUUUCUACUUGUUUACCACUAUGCUAUAAAAAGCGUAAUGUGGAUCCAACUGUUUGUAGUGGAAAUGGUACAUGUAUUGGACCUAAUCAAUGUAAUUGCAAUUGGGGAUACUAUUCUUCAGAGUGUGCCUUGUAUAAUUGCUAUGGUGUCAUAUUCAAUGACACUCGAGUUUGUUCAGGAAGAGGACAAUGCUACAAGCCAGAUAAUUGUAGUUGUAUCCCUAACUAUAGUGGAAAUAAUUGUGAAACCUUUUACUGUUAUGGAGUUGUGAACUCAAACACUGCAAGUGUUUGCUCUGGACAUGGAACUUGCUCUUCCCACAACAACUGCACUUGUAAUCCAGGAUAUUAUGGUAACAAUUGUGAAAUGCAUGACUGCAAUGGCAUUCCUUUUAAUUCUCCCUCUGUUUGUAAUGGAAAUGGAACCUGUACAGCACCAAACACAUGUUCAUGUAAAACUGGAUAUAGUGGAACGAAUUGUGAUCUUUACUACUGUGAUAACAUUCUAUUCAAUAGCUCAAGUGUUUGCAAUGGCCGAGGAAACUGUAUUUCUCCAAACAAUUGUACUUGUAAUUCCUCAGAAUAUUUUGGUCAAUAUUGUGAAAACUUUAACUGUUUUGGAAUUGUGAAAACAGAUACUAAUACUGUGUGCUCAGGAAACGGUACAUGUACCGCACCAAAUGUUUGUUCAUGUAAAACUGGACCAACUUCACAAACCAAGUAUUACGGUAAUCAAUGUCAAUACCAUAGUUGCAAUGGAAUUCCAUCUAAUUCCACUAAUGUUUGUUACUCGUUUGGAUCGUGUGUUGCACCAGAUGUUUGUGUGUGUCAACCUGGUAGAAACGGAACAUUUUGUGACAAUCCUGUCUGUUUUGGAAUACCAGCUGAUGAUACGCAAAAGGUCUGUAGUGGAAGAGGUACAUGUUCAGCCACAGACAAAUGUAAUUGUAACACAGGAUAUGGAGGAGAGUACUGUCAAUAUCCAAUAUGUUUUGGUUUAUUAUCAAACAACUCAGAAGUGUGUAGCAAACAUGGUACUUGUACAGGUCCAAAUGCAUGUCAAUGUAAUCUUGGAUACGACAUUGACAAAAGCACGUGUAAUGUCACUAGUUGUUUUGGUUUCCAAAGUACUGACAUUUCUGUGUGCUCUUCUCAAGGAAAAUGCUAUGAACUAGACAAGUGUACUUGUUUUGACGGAUUUGUUGGCAACACUUGUCAAUAUCAUGGUGUGCAAUUGGAUGGCUCAACUUCUGUGAUUUAUUCAAGCAAGAAGACCUUAACAUCCCUUGCUCCUUCCAUUUCAUCAAAAUCUUGUUUGGAACUAUUCCCAGAAGAUUAUUCCUUGUUAGGAAAUCCAAACAAUGUUGAAUGCAAAUGGGAUGCAUCGGAAUUUAAAAUCUAUCUUGGAUAUGGUAAUAAGAUUGACAAUAUGAAUCUUUUAAGAUUAACACCCUAUAACAUCACUUUACAAGUAGAUACUACAGCUGCUAAUACUCAAAGACAAACUUCACAAAACGCUAUUACUUUGGAUCUAGCUCUCACUUCUUAUCCUUCUGGUUUGGAUAUCAUUGUCAGAGCCUCAUCUAAAAAUACUUAUCAAGCAUUCAGAAAUGUGUCACUUUCUUGGAUGUGUUAUUCCUCAGAUUCUUCUACUCCAGUGUCCACACCAUGCGUGACUUCUGUUCAGAAUUAUCUCUCCAAUUUAGCAGACAAACCUAUCAUUAUUAUUCCAAGUAGGUUAUUUACAGAGCUCUCAGGCUCUGUGUAUUACAGACAGCUUCCAUUGGCAAUAGAAGGUAAAAACGGGCUUGCCACUGCUUUUACUACUCGUUUUUAUUCGAUAUUAUAUGCAAGAGUGACUUAUCCCUCAUACAAUAUUUUGAGUGAUACUACCAUUGUCGAUCAAAAUAGAUUUUUGGAUUGUGUCGGAGAGUCAUGUAUUCUUGAGGUUGCUCCUAACGGUGCAAGUAGUUUGAUGAGUUAUGCUUAUCUUGGUGUGUUUGCAACCUUGUCAUCUUCGUAUGAAAAAGCUCAAAUGAUUCGAAUUGUGAACUAUCAACCAUCUACUGCCAGUGUAUUUGAUUCAAGCUAUUCUGGUGAGCUUCUUGUCAUUGGUGUUGCUACUGUACCAACAAUUAGCUCUAUUAAGCUUUCAUACAAGGCAUAUGAUAAGAUUAAUCUUGUGAUGACCAAUCUUGAAAAAUCAUAUUCACAAGAAAGUAACAUUACCAUUGGAGUUAAAAUAAUAGAUCCAUACAUCUCUAAUUUCACACCAGCGACAUCAACAUUCACCUAUCAAUGGAGUGUGAAGGAUGUAUUGAUUAAUGCGGAUGUUAUUUCUCAAACUUCAACAAGCCCUUCAUUACGAAUUCCAGCAGGAUUUUUAAAUCCGGGUGACUACACGGUUGCACUAUCCUUGGUCAUUGCUGGGGAUGGUAGUAACAACAAUGACAAUCGAAAUGUGACAGGAACAUUUGUAGGAACGUUUACUGUGUUAAACUCGUCCAUUUCCAUUCCAAAUAUUAAUAUUGAACCUAUACCAGCAAUCUCACCCUAUGGUAGAAAUUUAGUGUUAACUGCAAGUAUUGCUUCACAAUCUGCAUGCAAUGUGACAUGGACGUUACAAAGCGGAUCACUGAGAUUGACAUCGAAUCUCUUGUCUGGUAAUUCAUCGAAUAGCAGUUUUAUUACAGAAAAUACUGUUAAUGAAGCGAUCUAUGGUACCAACAAUGUAGUAAGCAAAUUGAUCAUUCCUGCUGCCUAUUUACAAGCUGAAACAACCUACACGUUUGCAGUGACUGCAUCCAAUCAAGAUGGAACAUCCUAUGCAAGAGUUUCUACUCGAAUGGAUGCCAAACCAAGAUUCUAUUGUGAAAUUUAUGACCCAUCUUCUAAAAUGAUUGCCUAUGAAAGCCAAUUUGUGAUUCAUUGCAUUCACAAUGUGGAGAGUGUAUCGAGUUAUUUGAUGGAAGUUUUUUCUAAUUCCAAUAACAAACGUAUGGUGGUUCUGUCGAAUACUCCAAAACGAUGGGUCAUUACUCGAUUACCCUAUGCUCCCAAUGGAAUUACCAUUUCUGUCACUCUUAUCAACACGAGUGGAUCUAUAGCAAAAUUGCAACAAUCACUCUCAUUGAAUUUACCUUCAACGCUUGCUCAAGAUUCAUCUCUCACAAAUACUUUGAAUUAUGUUCGUUAUAGUUUCAAUAAUUGGAGAGGAAAUGAAACUCUGAGAAUGGACAGUGCUGUGACCGUAUCAAGUCUAUUUUCAUUGCUUGAAUAUUCAGUGAAUCAACAAGCAGCUGGAUCAAUUACUAAGGCAACUUCUGAUGCUCUUGCUUCUUUAUUGAUGGAUAUGAUUUCUGUAUUGAAUGGUAUUCCUGAACUUGGUGUUAAUGUCGAUGAAAAGAUUCUUCAAUUAGUUCUUUCACCGUUAAGAAAUGUAUUCACCAUGCUUUAUUCUCAAUCUCCAUCGAGCAUUGAUGCACAACUUACAAAUAUUUACAAUUGGUUGAAUUACUUCUUGAAUGCUGCUGGAAAACAUUCAGAUCAAUUCUGUUCAACUGCAAUCAAGUCAUUAUUGUUAGAUACCAAUCAAGUUACUGAAAUUGUAGACUUGUUUGGCAUUUGGAGCACAAAAUCUGUGGAAUUUACCAAAUUAUUGGCAUCUAUUGCAACUUUGGCUAGAAAUGUAAAUGCCAUGUCUGGAAAUUCAUCAACACCCUCCUCCAUUCCACUUCAACUGUCGGGAGGUCAAGCACUUUUUGAAAGUGUUUCACAAUUGAAUCAACUCAAUGGAAAGAAAAUCUCUUUAUCCAAAGCACUGAUUGAAUUUCCACCCAAUUUUGCAUCUCAAAUGUCACAAAAUGGAAUGGCAUCCAGUGUUUCUGUCGAUAUUCUCUCUUCUGUGAACACGGCAUCCGAUGAAAAGUCCAUAUUAAGUCCUAUCAUUUCUCUCUCUUUAUUAUCUAAGGAUGGUAGCAGUGUCGUGAGUGUGAAAGGUCUCUCCAUGUCCUCUCCCAUUUAUUUACACUUUAAUGGAGCAUCAUUUAUGCAGAAUACUUCAAGUAUGGGUACCAGUCUUAAUUUAACUUGUUUCUAUUAUGACUCUGUAUCAAGUCAAUGGAAAUAUGAUGGAUUAACCUCCAAUUUCACAAUUUUAAAGAAUGACUCUGGACUCAUUACAUAUAAUUUGAUGUGUGCCACCACUCAUUUAACAUCCUUUUCGGUCAUGAAUAUUCCUCAACCAGCACAAUCUCAAAGAGCUCCAAGUCCAACCAUUGACAAUUCUGGUAUCAUUGCAGCCAUUGUAGUUCCAAUUUUAUUGGUCUUGAUCUUUGUGGUCAUUUUGGUGGUCAUUGGUGUUGUAAUCUUUAUUGUGUAUCGUAGAAAGAAGACUCAGAGUGAACUUGAGAGCGUUCCAACUUCUAGAACCAUUCAAAUUGAAUUAGGAAAUGAAACUGGACUUGAUGCUUCCUUCUUCCCAUCGGACGAAAGUGUGAAUUUCAAACCAUUGAGUCAAGGAAGUUCUGUUGGAUCUUCUGGAACUGGAUUUGAUCCCAUGUCACGUUAUAAGAACUUUAUUAGAAUUGGACAAGGUGCAUUUGGUUCAGUUUUCAAAGCAGAGGACACAAGAAAUAACAAGAUGAAAGCUCUCAAAGUCAUUAAAUUUACAAAUAUGGAAGAAUUGAAUACCAUGAUGAAAGAAGGUACUCAAUUAAUGAACGUUGAACAUCCAAAUAUUCUCAAAGUGAAUGACUUCUUUGUGGAUAAGGGUAAUAUUCUCGUGAUUGAUAUGGACUUUUAUGAACAUGGUGAUUUGAGCAAAUUGACAGCAGCUGAAUUCCAUUGCUCUGAGAAGAUUAUCAAACAAGUGAUUUAUCAAAUGUGUGAUGCAUUGGAUUAUAUUCACUGUCGAAUGAAACUUAUUCACCGUGAUGUGAAACCAAGUAACAUCUUCAUUAAGGAUCUCGAUGAGGAAUUCAUUCAAAUUGUUUUGGCAGAUUUUGGUUUGGCAAAAGCUCAAAGUAAUAACUCGAUGAACAAUUCUUAUGCAGGAACUCCACUGUUCAUGUCACCUGAACUUGGUUUGGGCGGUAAAUAUUACGCAAACACAGAUAUUUACAGUUUGGGUGUAGCCAUCUACCAGAUCAUGACCAAAGAUACUUUCACAUCGAUCAGCAAUAUUUAUAUGGCAAAGGAACCUGCAGCAGUGAAAGAAUGGUUGAGAUCCAAGUUGCAAGAAGGUCAGGAAUACUCUGCUCAAUUGAUUGAUAUUACAUUGUCCAUGUUAGAAAAAGAUAACUUGUCCAGACCUCAAGCUCAGGACAUUCUCAAUAACCCAUACUUUGACGAUCAACGAAGAAAGAGAAAGAAGAAAUAA